CUAUGGCUGAGCGGUUAGAUAUCGAACGCAGAAUGCGUGAAAAAAUCUAUAUAAUUGAUUAUAUGGAGCGGGAAAUUAACGGAAAUAGAUUACCAUCGAAUUUACAAGUGCUUCGAGUUUUCUUUUAUAAUCAUCGUCAUAUAAAACUCAAUGUACCAGAGAGUGCUGUUUUAGUGUUGAACGAAGUGAAAAUUUUUUGGACCAAAGCACGCUUACCUGUGCAAAGUGACCAGCGCUGUUUGAACAAAAUAAAAGGUUUAUUUGAGAAAUGGCGGAUUCUCAAAAAGAGUUCAAAUCGUCAGACAGAAAUACAACAAAGGAAUGAUAACGAUUUCAAACAGUUGCUAAGUGAAUUGUUUGAUAUAUCAUUGGCAGACGUUCUUUCUCGCACUGAUGUUUUCGAAGAAGAUAAACAAUUUCUGAUACUUCAAAGAGAGAAUGGACGUAAAGCAUACAUAGCUAAAGUUGAUAAAUCUUUACAAGAGAAAACCGGAAACCACGAGAAGCGUAUCGAAGAAGAGGAGAGCUGGCGUAGACGAGUUUAUGAAGAACAAAAACAUGCAGUUCAUGUUUUGGAAAUGCAGCAGUCAUCCAGUUCUAGUAGUGCUUCGCUGGAAGAGAGACGACAGGUGGCCUCUAACACACUACGUACACAGAAAAAAAGGCUUUGUUACUUUAACAAUCUAAAAAUUUGUUACUGAAAAUAAUGUUGUUUCAUCAAACGGCAUGAUUCAAUUGACAAAUAAG